AUGAUCCCUGUGCCUGAUCUUGAUAUCGCCGCAUUGAUAAGGACCGAGAUUAAAGCUGCCAUACGUUCUGAAUUUUCCCCUAUUAAAAGUCAAUUGAAUGAUCUACAAAAAUCAGUGGAAUUCAUUACUCAGCAAUAUGAUGACCUGUUGAAAACUACAAACACUAUUAUGGACAAUUACAAGACUAUCAAAUCUGAUACAACACACCUGAGCACAACGGUAACGACACUUACUGAGCGCUUAAAUAAUUUGGAACAGCAUUUACGUGAGACCAAUCUUGAAAUUCAAGGAGUCCCACAGCGUAAAGAUGAAAAUAUUGUUGAAGUUAUUAAGAAAGUCGCUGACGUCGUAUCAUUCAGGCUUGACGAUAGAGAUAUACUGAACUGCACGAGAGUAGCCAGCAUGAAUAAAGAUAGUAAGAGACCGCGAGCCAUUGUAGUUAAACUAUGUAGUACUCGUCGUCGUGAUGAGUUUUACUCUGCUGUGGUACGCUACAACAAGGCUCACUCCAACAGUAAGCUUAGUUCCUUGUCAUUGGGCUUCGGAGGCGAUCCCUCUAUAAUUUAUAUUUCGGAGCAUUUGUCGCCGGUAAAUAAAGCCCUACACUACGCCACUCGCAUCAAAGUUAAGGAAUUGUCAUAUAAGUUUUUGUGGGUUCGUAAUGGCCGUAUUUUCGUUCGGAAGGACGAAGUAUCAAGAUUUAUUCACGUUAAGAACCAACAGACCUUGGACAGCUUAGUCUAA